GGGCAGCAGGCCACGCUCCCCCGUGUGCUGGGGCAGCGGCCGAUCCCUGCCGCAAGGCCAAGCGGGAAAACAUCUCUGUGCCAAGCCAUGGAAUGAUCCAGGUCGUUCCCAGAAACAAUGGGGAGCUGUGCUAAUAUUUCUGACUCCUCAUAUCCGUCGCUCCAAAGCAGAACAGCCUCGCCCUGUUCCUCGCCUUGGCCUGCAGGGGAGCAGCUGAAUGCCAGGAGGAACUGGGAUCGGACUCUGCUCCCGAGCACAGGCUGGGUUUGUUCCGGGGCACACUGUCCCUCCUUCCUUACAGGAAAAAGGACCCAGGGAGCAGAGAGAAGACUUUUCCUCAUUUGAUUUUACCAGGCAGGAGAAAAGGCUUGACAGCUCAGCCCCCCUCAUCAUCUGCUGGUGCCAAAAGGAUCCCAGGAACAGCAUCUGAGGAGAGAAAAUGUUUGCAGCUUAUUUUGAUUGCCCAGGAGGCCCAGAAAAUCUCUAUAUGAAAGAAGUGAUGAAACCAAAUCCAGGAGAAGGAGAAGUUCUUGUGAAGGUCUCUGCCAGUGCUCUGAAUAGGGCCGAUCUACUCCAGAGGAGAGGGAAGUACCCUCCCCCCAAAGGAGCAAGUGACAUUUUAGGCCUGGAAGCAGCUGGGAGCGUGGCUGGGCUGGGUCCCGGCUGCUCGGGCCGGUGGAAGAUCGGCGAUGCUGUGAUGGCUCUGCUGCCCGGGGGAGGCCAGGCACAGUAUGUGACAGUGCCCGAAGGCCUCCUGAUGCCAGUUCCCAAAGAUAUGACUUUUAUCCAGGCUGCAGCCAUUCCUGAAGCCUGGCUAACAGCAUUUCAGCUGCUCCACUUUGUAGGUAAAGUACAGGAGGGUGAGAAAGUGUUGAUCCACGCUGGAGCCAGCGGGGUUGGCAUGGCAGCCAUUCAGCUGGUGAGACUGGCAAAGGCCAUUCCCAUUGUGACAGCAGGAACUCAGCAGAAACUGGAAGCAACAGCAAAUGCUGGAGUGGCUGCAGGGUUCAACUACAAGAAUGAAGACUUCAGUGAAAAGGUCUUGGAGUUCACCCAAGGUUCUGGAGUAGAUAUUAUUUUAGAUUGUGUUGGGGCCUCAUACUGGGAGAAGAAUCUGAACUGUCUGAACACCGAUGGCCGGUGGAUUAUUUAUGGACUGCUGAGUGGAGGUGAAGUCCAUGGGGAUUUGCUGGCAAGGCUGAUUUCCAAAAGAGCCAGCAUCCACACGAGCCUGUUACGGUCCCGAGACAAGGAGUACAAGCAGCGGCUGGUGAGAGCCUUCACGGAGGAGGUGCUGCCCCAUUUCUCCGCGGGGGCUUCCCCGCGGCUCCAGCCCCUCGUGGACAGCGUUUACCCCCUGCACGCCAUCGCUGAGGCGCACAGAGCCAUGGAGGAAAACAGGAACAUCGGCAAAAUCGUCAUCGAAAUCCCCGUCUGCGUCAAGAAAGGGCCGCCGCAGUAGCUGCAGCGGGAGAGUCACUGCGGGGCCGCUUCUGGUCCCGAUUCGCGUGGGGGGCGAGGAGGGGGAAAGGAUAAGGAGGAAGCGUUUAUUAAAGAGGUUCAUGUGGAAAUUGCGGCACCGUGGUGCGAACGUGAGGGGCCGGGACUGAGGGCCGGGGGGCGGGGUUGAAAUAAAGGGC